CUUGAUUAAGGCAAAAUUGAAACCUUUGAUACAAAAACAAACUAUUUAGAUAAAAUCAAUUUUUUGAUAAGAUGAAACAACUUGAAAUUUGUGACAAAAAUCAAGUGUUUGUCUAUAGUUUGGUAACAAGUAAGUAAAACUUUAGUCACUAGUUAGUUACCAAAAUGGUGGAAUCCCCGGUUUUGUUCAUCUUAUCCCUCUGCAUCCUCUACGCAAACGCCCUUGACAAUGGUUUGGCCCUAACCCCGCCCAUGGGUUGGCUGCACUGGGAGCGUUUUCGUUGCGAGACUGACUGCCGCCAAUUCCCCUUCGACUGUAUCAGCGAGGAGUUAUUCAAAGCAAUGGCGGACAAAAUGGCGUCUGAUGGGUAUUUGGACGCCGGUUAUGAGUACCUCAUCAUGGAUGAUUGCUGGUUGGCUAUGGAAAGGGACUCCGAGGGCCGACUCCAGCCCGAUCCCGACCGAUUUCCCUCGGGAAUCAAGGCCCUCGCCGAUUAUGUCCACGCCAAAGGGCUCAAAUUCGGGAUUUAUGAGGAUUACGGGACCAAAACUUGUGCCGGAUAUCCGGGAAGUUUAAACAAUUUGGAAAUUGAUGCUCAGACUUUUGCGGAGUGGGGGGUGGAUUAUUUGAAAUUUGACGGUUGUAAUGUCACACCGGAUGAAUCAAUGGAGGCGGGGCAUUUAGAAAUGGCGGGAUAUUUGAAUGAAACAGGGCGGGAAAUUGUUUUCUCAUGCGAAUUUCCCCUAUAUCGAGGAAAUAAAGCCAAUUAUAGUGUGGCAAUUGAGGCAUGUAAUCUCUGGCGGAACUACAACGAUAUUGAGGAUUCCUGGAUCAGUGUUACCAACAUUGUUAAUCAUUACAAGCAAAAUGGGGAUAAAUAUGUGACGGUUGCAGGCCCUGGGCAUUGGAAUGACCCAGAUAUGUUGAUUAUCGGGAAUUUUGGGUUAAGUCUGGACCAAAGCAAGGCCCAAAUGACCAUAUGGUCCAUAUGGGCGGCCCCAUUAAUCAUGUCGGUUGAUUUAAGAACCAUCAAAGGCGAAUUUAAAGCAAUUCUCUUAAAUAAACACGCGAUUAAAAUCAAUCAAGACGCUUUAGGGAUUCAAGGACAUUUGCAAACAACGAUUGAUAAUAUUGACGUUUGGGUGAAACCAGUUUUGCCAACUGUUGGUGGGGAAUUUUCCUACGCUGUGGGGUUUGUCAGUAAUAGGGAUGAUGGUUAUCCCUUUAGACUAGAGUUUGCCCUUAGGGAUUUUGGGCUUAAUAAUAGUGCAGGUUAUGUGCUUACGGAUGCGUUCGUUUCUGAUGAAACAACUCAAGUGAAAAGUGAUGACACACUUGAAGUUUUUGUGAAUCCCACAGGAGCUGUGUUGUGGCAUUUGGUCGCCAAUGAAGAAAAAAAUCACUAAAACGAGAAUUAAAAAACUAGAUUGAUUUUGGUGUUUCAAUAAAUAGUUUGAGCCCA